AUGGACCGCAAUUCGUCGGCUGAGAUGCUUCGGUUGCCAGAUCACCUUGAUACGCCGACGUUCACAUGUGAGGUGUGCAAAAUCUCAGUGCGCUCCGCACAAAAGUUGAUGGACCACGUGAACUUUUCGCCACUGCACCAAGCCUCACUGGGUCUGGGUAAAAGCUCAAACUCCGGUGACACCAAAUCGCGUCCCAUGCGUCGUCUGCUGUACGACGGAUCCAAGUUGUUCUGGCGCGUCAAUGAGACCCUUGAUCUCUGCAUCUACGAAGACAUGACAGCGAACUGCGUCACCAUCCGAGCUUUCCCGCAGAAGACACCUCAGUCCUCCGAAUGUGAUGCGAAGAAAAGCUCGGUCGGCUCCAUUCCGGCAUUGGAUGUGGACUCGCGUCGCCUGCGUCAGACUCUCGGGAUUGAAGCAGCACCAAAGGCUCCUGGUCUUUUCGGAAGAAUGGCUUACCCUCCUCCGACAACGAUGUCAAGCAUCACACUUGCUAACAAGUCGAAGGCUGGCACCACGUCGUCGACCCCGGAACAUUCGGGCGAGAUCAUCACCAAGUAUUUGCUGGCUCGGUUGCAGGCACGUCGCGACUCGCACGACCGUGUGCACCUCGUCCUGCAAAUGAUAAACGAUGACGACGUGGAUCCAGCCGACUUGUUGCUGGCCACCACCGAAAGCUCGCAAGCUCUGCCUACCGACCUCGCAAUCCGUCGUCGCCACACUAUUGAUGACGUGAAGGACGCGCAAAAAGAGGUUUCCGUGGCAGCCACUCGACUCAAGAACGCCCGCAUGAAAGCCGAGGAGCUGUCGAAUCUAGCGCGGAUGACGUUAGAUGCUUUCUCACGGGACCACAGCUCAAACGACCCUGUGGCUUCGAGAAUGGUCACUCGCGAGCAAGCCAAUGUCGCGACACUGGCGUCUUCCGCGUCCAACACGAUUCUGGGCUUGGGUGGGGGUCGACGCUUCAGUGUUAUGAGCAACAAACCCGCAGCUACCUGGAUGCGCGCUUACGAUCGUGUGGUGCUUCAAAACGCCGUGGAGCGCAGUAAAGAAGUGAUUGAGCACCUUCCUCACUACGACGAGAAAAUGGGGCCGAUUGACGAGUCGAAGUAG